GAUAACGUCAAGACUAUAGAGGGGAUACGUGCUAGCGGUUCGUAGCUAGGCUUCUGACAGGCAGUCCAGUUGCAAUUGUAUACAGAUGGCGUCUCUCCUGCAGCCCGAUAGAGUGAUCUAUCUGGUCCGCGGGGAGAAGAAGACCAGGUCUCCGCUGUCCCAGCUGUAUUUCUGUCGCUAUUGCAGCGAGCUCCGGUCCCUGGAAUGCGUGUCUCAUGAGGUGGACUCUCAUUACUGCCCGAGCUGCUUGGAGAACAUGCCUUCAGCCGAGGCUAAACUGAAGAAGAACAGAUGCGCCAACUGUUUCGACUGCCCGUGUUGCAUGCACACCCUGUCCACCCGGGCCACCAACAUCCCAGCCCCCAUGCCUGAUGACCCCACCAAAACCACCAUGAAGAAGGCCUACUACCUCGCGUGUGGGUUUUGCCGCUGGACUUCCAGAGACGUGGGCAUGGCGGACAAAUCAGUUGCCAGUGGUGGAUGGCAAGAACCAGAAAACCCUCACACUCAGCGGAUCAACAAACUGAUAGAGUACUACCAGCAGUUGGCCCAACGAGAGAGACAGGAGCGAGACCGGAAGAAGAUGGCCAGGAGGAGACAGUGCAUGCCGAUGGCGUUCUCGGAGAAGUACGGCCUGGGCACCAGGCUGCAGAGGCAGCGGGCCGGAGCUCCCCUAUCCAGCCUGGCCGGCCUAACCCUCAAAGAAGGCGAGGACCAGAAGGAGAUCAACAUAGAACCAGCCCAGGCCCUGGAUGAGGUCGAGCCCUUGCCUGAGGACUGCUACACACGACCCAUUAACCUACCAGAGGUGACGACCCUGCGGCAGCGCCUGCUGCAGCCGGACUUCCAGCCGUCGGGAGCGUCCCAACUCCACCCCAAACAUAAGCAUCUCCUGAUGAAGAGGUCGCUGCGCUGCAGGAAAUGCGAGCAUAAUUUGAGCAAACCGGAAUUCAACCCGACUUCGAUUAAGUUCAAAAUUCAGCUGGUGGCUGUGAGUUACAUCCCAGAAGUGAGAAUUAUGUCUAUUCCAAAUCUCCGGUACAUGAAGGAGAGCCAAGUUUUGCUGACCCUGACCAACCCAGUGGAGAACCUGACCCACGUUACCCUGGUGGCCUGCGAAGAGGGCGACCCAGAAGACGUGAACAGCACUGCCAAGGUGAUGGUUCCAACCAAGGAACUUGUCCUGGCAGGAAAGGAUGCUGCCGCUGAUUACGAUGAACUAGCUGAACCUCAGGAUUUUCAAGAUGACCCAGAUGUGGUCGCCUUCAGGAAAUCCAACAAGAUCGGCUUCUUCAUCAAAGUGGUGCCCCAGAAGGAGGGUGACACGGAUGUCUUGGUGUCGUUCAAGAUCCGCCACGACUUCCGCAACCUGGCUGCUCCCAUCAGGCCCAACGAGGAGGCGGGCGACGCCACUACGGAGGCCAUCUGGCUCACACACCACGUGGAGCUCAGUCUGGGGCCGUUGGCUCCCUGAGAACGCCCACAUGAAGACCCGCCACCUGCCUGCUGCCCCCCCCCCCCCCCCCCCCCCCCCCCCCUCGACUUGGUUCCACAGCCAAUCGGAAUUGAGGGCGGGGGUUGUGGGCGAGUUGAUCUAAGGGCAAAUCUGUCCGAAACGCUUCUGCUUUACUCGUAGCCGAGACCGCUACUGCGAAUCACACACUACAUGCUUUUCUUUGUAGCGUAGUUUACCUGUAAAAUUGUUGGACUCUGUUUGAUGAAAUCUUUGCAGCAGAGGAUGAUGAUGAUGAAGAUGAUGCUGCGGCCGCCUGUCUGUCGUGCAUCUUUUGACGGAACAAGACAGUAGCACUCAACGUGGUCCAAUGUGAAACGAUGUAUCAGUAUCUCUUGCUACAGUCGCUACUACAUGCACAUCAUAUUCUCAUUAAAAAGCUUCCGCGUGCAAUGCCUCUAAACUUGGUUAAGUGUAUUACUGCAGUACCGUUAUAUUUUAGGGUCACUUUGUUAUUACUUCGUUUUUUUUUUUAUUUCAGAAUUAUUUCUUGUUGACCACAACAUGUCUAACUUAAUACAACUAAGUUCACUUUAAGAGGGGUUCCAUUUUGUGACUGAAAUUAUCAUCAGUAUCUUAAUGGAUAAUCAUAAUAGAUUAUAAGCGGCUUAAUCUUGGGCCACAUCUGUGAUUCCCAACAAUGCACUGCCCAUCGCUGACACAUACUCAGACAUCACACAUCCUAUUAGUAUUCACCACGUUAGUCAUGGUUCUAAUGUCUAAUCCAUAUAUGUCGCAUUUGACAUAAAAUUAUGAAUUUAGAUCAAAAUUUGACAUUUUGUUCAAGGAAUAUUCUUCUCAAUCCACAUGUUUGGCAAGAGUCUGAUAUGACUGAUCGGUUUAAUGUGUUGAUCUGUCAUGAGUGACAUUGGUUAUAAACUGUGUGGGUGUCUUCAGCUGCUUUCUUGUGUUAACUGUAUUCUAUAUGCUUUGUAGUCCAGCAGACCCACAGCAACGAUUAUUUGUAGGACUUCUGGCUAAUAAAAUAUAAUA